GAUCUUGGAAAGAGGAAUAAAUAUUCCUUUGAUAACUGAAUAGGUUCCACAUUUUGUGGUCGCUAUAUUUGCACAAUUUGCAGCUCUUAUUCGCUCUUAGUCUCUCGCCCUCUCUAUUUUGUAUGUAUCUUGUGAUGAUUUCAUACAUCGCUAUUUCAUGAUACUUAGCAAAAAUGCGCUCUGACACCAGUCCGCGUACAGCUCUCGCCCAGGUUGGCUGAUUUUCAAUACUGCCAACUAAAGUUAAAGUAAAAAGUGAACCAGUAGUUAUAAACAAAAAACAAUUCAUUGCUUAUCGACAAUGGCUGAAGACUUGUGCAACGUCAAGAUGUGGGCAGGCUUAAUAGCCCGAAUUAAUGCGUGUUUCUCGAUAAUCUACUUGGGAAUAGAAAUCAUCAAUGCGUUGGAUCAUUACAUAGGCGUCGGAAUGUUGGCAAUAUGGGUUGGACUCUAUUCCCUCAAUAUGUUGAUAAACUUGUUAUUUUCGGGAUGCAGUCGCAAUUGGAAGAUGUUUUAUGUAGUAUUUUGGUUUUGUUUCACGUUAAUUUUGUUAGUCAUUCGACUUGUGUGCACUAAUUACCGCAACUUGAGUAUUGAAUUCUUGGUAUUCGCAAUAUUUGUAAAUAUUUAUAUGGUAUUUUCACUAAUAAUAAUAUCAUUAUUGGGUUACCAAGUGGACAAUCCAAAUGCGGACAUUUCGAGCUGCUUAAGUUGCCGCCAAGUUAAUAAUAGAAUAAUAAGUGUGCCAACGGAUGCUACAGAGCAAACCAAUAUAGAAGUUCUAUCAUAUAAUCAUCGCUCUCUAGACUCAUAUCAUACCGACUUAAGUUCUAGCAACAUUAAUAAUGAUUCUCAGAUGGUUUUUUGGCCAGCUCCAACUUUUAAUGACACAGACAAUGAUUCACUAAAUAAUUUUGCUACAGCCCCAGAUUUCUGCGACUUAAUCAAUGAUUCUCAAAUUAUGGCUAGAUCGGCUGAAGGUAACGUUUCUUUGGAUGUAAAUGAUCCUCCUCCAAGCUACGAUUAUGUUAUGACUCGUGAGAUGGCAAAACUCUAAAAUUAUAUUAUAUAAUAUUAUGUAAUCCUGAUAUCACAAUUGAUAUUUUAAUUCAAAUAUGAAAGUAUAAUUCGAUAGGUCACG